UGUGAGAUGUCGACCAGCAAUUCUAGCAGGGAGAAGAAGUACCCAUGCGAUCAAUGUCGGCAGCGCAAGGUGAAGUGCAACUUAUCUCUGCCCUGCGAUCGAUGCCAGACUCAUAAUCUGCCAUGCGCAUUUGACACUGUCAGAAAACGACGGGGCCCCAGGCCUGGUACUGGCAGGGUCAUCAACGCAUUAAGGGGGUCUUCCCGCUCGCAGAUGUUAGAUACAGCACUCCAGAGUCCUCUCCAGACCGACAACGCCGAGCAAAUCGUCGAAGGCCAUCAAUCAAGUACCACAGCUAGUCCGAACGGGGUCACUCGCACAGAUCCUGGUAUACCAGAACAAGUUCGUUCCGUACAUGCUGCAUUGAAAUCCCACGAUUUCCAAUCUUCGCCACAAAGUCUGGUAGAUGACGCAUAUUUCACGUUCGAUGAUUUUGCUCACAACGUGCUCUCGUCGACACUCCCGAUACAGGGUCAGCGACUGACCGGCGAUUCGUCCCUAUCUCAGGUCUGGAGUCGACUUGAAAAUGCAGCUGCUGUCGAUCACGAUAACUUCUCCUCUACUACAAGUUGGUAUGAGAUCGAGCACGGCGUCAACCUCUUNUUCGACCAGAUGUAUGCCGUAUAUCCAGUCGUGGAUGAGGGGUACCUGCGAUCACUUUUGAACAAGCGUGACUCUCUACAGGGUUCGGAAACACGGCUGUUAUGGUCAAUUUGCGCCCUUACCCUGAUGGCUGUAGACGCCUGGCCAACCAUGACUCUAGAGAAGAGGGGUUUUGCUGCCCGGAGAUAUAUUCGACAAUGCCUUGACAACCGGAUAUCCUCGUCUUCUUAUAUCGAAAAUGUUGUUGUGGAAGAUGUAUUGACUUCGUUAUUCAUCGCUGUUACAUACUUCGAUCUCAAAUGUCGCAAGAACGCCUGGUUCUAUGUCAGAGAAGCCAUCACUCUCGCUCAGGCGGCGAAUAUGGAUACAGUCGGGAGAGACUUAGAGUUGAAUCCAGCCGAGAGACUUCGGAGACAGCGCAUCUAUGCACUGCUAUACAUCAGUGAACGCGGUGCUUGCAUACACGAUACUUUCCCUGUCAGUAUACUUUCCGCACCAGAGUUGCUUUGCGACAGACUUCCGGACGAACAUUAUUCAGUCUCGGCUGGUCUCAACAUGUUGUUCCAUCUAUUCUCCUUACUCGACCUGAACUAUAUCCAGGCCAGGAGCAAGCUAUCUCUGACUGGAGGCACUGAUAAAGAAUACAUCGAGCUUGCUAUGCUGCAGGAAAAGCUUUGUCGUGUUCUAGAUCUGACAAACGUUUCCGAGAUUCAACAAGCCGACGUUCUGAUUACGCAGCAAUGGCUUCGACUUAUGGUCUGGCAGACAGCCUUGAGGCUAGGUUUGAUCUCCUCGACGUCGAUGAAUCCCUCGUACUCCUACGCUUACCCCAUACAAAUCGCCUCCUCUCUACAUGAUGUUCUGCGAACGCUCCCCUCAACUGCCAUAGAGGUUCAUGGGCUAGGUAUCACCAGAACUUGUGUACUAACCCUGGUUAUANNGUUCGAAAAGCAAUUCGAGAUUGCCUACUCCCUGCUGGAUGCAUUGACACUCUCUGAUGGCACUCAGUCACCUCACCAUCACGAAAUGCUUCGAUCACUUUUAGAAUCUUUGUCUGCCUCGCCUAAAUCACGAGAUGUCUAUGUCCGCAUUCUCCAGAAGAAGAUGGGACAAGACAGUUUGCGCAAGAAUGAUCGAUAUGUCCAUUUGGCUAAUGUACAACUGCUGGUUGAUGACCGCUCGAACCCGCGUGCUUCUAGGUAA